AUGGUGCAUUCGCGUACAACAACAAAAGUCGUAGUGGUCGGGGGAGGUGGUACCAUAGGUUCCUCAACAGCAUUGCACCUCAUCCGAUCUGGGUAUACUCCCUCAAAUAUCACAGUGCUUGAUGUAUAUCCCAUUCCUUCGGCUCAAUCGGCAGGAAAUGAUCUUAACAAAAUCAUGGGCAUCCGGCUACGCAAGAGGGCAGAUCUGCAACUUUCGCUCGAGGCUCUUGACAUGUGGAAAAAUGAUCCAUUAUUCAAGCCCUUCUUUCACAAUGUCGGCAUGAUUGACUGCUCGUCAUCUGAACACGGUAUUGCGAAUCUUCGGCAAACGUAUCAAACAAUCCUCGACGCGAAUGUUGGAUUGGAGAAAACGAACUGGUUGUUAGAAAGCGAAGAUGAUAUACUUGACAAGGUACCAGCUUUUACAAGAGAGCAGGUGAAGGGGUGGAAAGGCUUGUAUUGUGGCGAUGGAGGUUGGCUUGCUGCAGCCAAGGCCAUUAAUGCGAUCGGACAUUUCCUAAAAGAUCAAGGUGUCAACUUUGGAUUUGGCGAAUCUGGAACUUUCAAGCGACCUCUGUUCACUGCGGAUGGAAUCACAUGCAAUGGUGUUGAGACGGUAGGUGGUACUAGAUAUUACGCCGACAAGGUUGUCUUGGCUGCUGGUGCUUGGAGUUCAACAUUGGUAGAUUUGGAUGAUCAGUGUGUUUCGAAAGCGUGGGUCUUUGCUCAUAUCCAGCUCACACCCGAGGAGGUCGCCAAAUACAAGAACGUACCCGUGGUAUACGAUGGUGAAUACGGCUUCUUUUUCGAACCCAACGAGCACGGGGUUAUCAAAGUCUGCGACGAGUUCCCCGGAUUCUCUCGCUUCAAGUUGCAUCAACCUUACGGGGCGGUCUCUCCAAAGCCCAUCUCUGUUCCUCGAUCACACGCCAAACAUCCUACAGAUACCUACCCAGAUGCUUCUGAGGUAACCAUUCGAAAGGCAAUUGCGAGAUUCCUGCCACAAUUCAAGCAUAAAGAGCUUUUUAAUCGGUCUAUGUGCUGGUGCACAGAUACUGCCGACGCCAGCUUACUGAUAUGCGAGCACCCCAAGUGGAAAAACUUCAUUCUGGCCACAGGAGACAGUGGCGCAUACUACAGUCAUAGCUUCAAGCUUCUACCCAACAUCGGCAAACAUGUCGUUGAGCUGAUAGAAGGCUCUCUUCCACCAAGCCUGGCCAAUUCAUGGAUGUGGAGACCUGGGGGUGAUGCUCUCAAAUCUAUACGCGGUGCUCCGGCGAAAGAUCUCGCUGAUAUGCCAGGCUGGAAACAUGAUCCCAAGAUUUGA